UACCAUGAGCUCCUCCCCCACCUGGGAUUUUGAUGCAGAUGAUGAGACUGAAACAGAGAGUAAGCUGAUUCCAAAGACUGCCGUUCCACCAAAGAAACGACCCAGAACUUCCUCCACUGUUGCAAAUAAAGAGCCCGACAAGGAGAGUAAGCUGAUUCCAAAGAGUGCUGUCCCACCAAAGAAACGACCCAGAACUUCCUCCACUGUUGCAAAUGAAGAGCCCGAAACAGAGAGUAAGCUGAUUCCAAAGUGUGCUGUCCCACCAAAGAAACGACCCAGAACUUCCUCCAUUGUUGCAAAUGAAGAGCCCGGAGCUGUGAAAGGUCAAAAGAUGCCCUGGAGACCAGAAGAAAGGGAUGCAGUUUUUCAGCACUUGGGGAAAUACAUAACUUUACAAAGAGUACCAGGGAAGACUGAGUGCAUGGCAUGCCUCAAUAAAGAGCCUACCCUCCACAGAAGAUCUUGGAAAGAUGUAAAAAAUUACCUUCACAAUUCUAUUCAAAGCAUGAAGAAAAAAAUGGCUCGUGAUGAAGCAGGAUUAAAAGACAAGAAAUAAGAUGGAGUUAAAGGAUGAGGGUGGUUAAUUAGAUCAGUGGUUCCCAACCCUGGUCCUCAGGGCACCCCUGUCCUGCAUGUUUUAGAUGUUUCCCUGCACCAACACACCUGAUUCAAAUGAAUGGUCAAAAGCAGGCUUCUGCAGAGCUGGAUAACAACCCAUUCAUUUGAAUCAGGUGUGUUGGAGCAGGGAAACAUCUAAAACAUGCAGGACAGGGGUGCCCUGAGGACCAGGGUUGGGAACCACUGAGU